GGUACUGAGAUCGCUCUGUAGUCAGUCAUUCCGAGUUACUCUUGUUGUUCGUUGAAUUUGUGACACAUUAAAAAUAAUUUGUACUUACAAGAAAAAGGUUGAACAGAGCGAUUUUUAAACUGAGCUACUUCUAUAACAAGAAAAAUGAAGGGAGCCACAGCUCUACUUUUAAUAGGCUUAAUAGCCUAUGUCUCUGCGAAAGAAGAUAUUGGAACUGUCAUUGGAAUUGAUUUGGGUACAACGUAUUCUUGCGUUGGAGUUUACAAAAAUGGAAGGGCAGAAAUAAUAGCCAAUGAUCAAGGAAAUAGAAUUACUCCUUCAUAUGUGGCAUUUACUUCUGAUGGUGAACGCUUAAUUGGAGAUGCAGCAAAGAAUCAGUUAACAACAAAUCCAGAAAAUACAGUUUUUGAUGCCAAAAGGUUAAUUGGUAGGGAAUGGUCAGAUCCUACGGUACAACAUGAUAUUAAGUUCUUCCCAUUUAAAGUAAUUGAAAAGAAUAACAAACCACAUAUAAGAGUAUUGAUCAGUGGUGAAGAAAAAAUAUUUGCACCAGAAGAAAUCUCAGCUAUGGUUCUUGGUAAAAUGAAAGAAACUGCUGAGGCAUAUUUGGGCAAAAAAGUUACCCAUGCUGUUGUUACUGUACCUGCUUACUUUAAUGAUGCCCAAAGACAGGCUACCAAAGAUGCUGGUACUAUUUCUGGACUUGUUGUUAUGAGAAUUAUUAAUGAACCUACAGCUGCAGCCAUUGCUUAUGGUUUGGACAAAAAAGAUGGAGAAAAGAAUGUGUUAGUUUUCGAUUUGGGUGGUGGUACUUUUGAUGUUAGUUUACUUACCAUUGAUAAUGGAGUGUUCGAAGUGGUGGCAACAAAUGGUGACACUCACUUGGGAGGUGAAGACUUUGAUCAACGUGUAAUGGAUCAUUUCAUCAAGCUUUAUAAGAAAAAGAAGGGCAAGGAUAUUCGUAAAGAUAGUAGAGCUUUACAGAAGUUACGACGUGAAGUUGAAAAAGCUAAGAGAGCACUCAGUGUUAGCCAUCAAGUAAGGAUCGAAAUCGAAUCAUUCUUCGAAGGUGAAGAUUUUUCGGAGACUUUGACGCGUGCGAAAUUCGAGGAGUUGAACAUGGAUCUUUUCCGUAGUACUUUAAAACCUGUACAGAAAGUCUUAGAAGAUUCUGAUAUGAACAAGAAAGAUAUAGAUGAAAUUGUACUUGUUGGAGGAUCUACUAGAAUUCCAAAAGUUCAACAGUUAGUUAAAGAAUUCUUUGGCGGUAAAGAACCAUCUCGAGGUAUAAACCCCGACGAAGCUGUUGCAUAUGGUGCUGCUGUGCAGGCAGGUGUACUGUCCGGAGAGGACGAAACAGAGGCUAUUGUACUUCUUGAUGUUAAUCCACUUACUAUGGGUAUCGAAACAGUUGGAGGUGUGAUGACUAAACUUAUUCCUAGAAAUACUGUCAUUCCGACGAAAAAAUCGCAAAUUUUCUCUACGGCGUCAGAUAAUCAACAUACCGUUACGAUCCAAGUAUAUGAAGGUGAACGUCCAAUGACAAAAGACAAUCAUCUUCUUGGUAAAUUCGAUCUUACUGGUAUUCCACCGGCACCUCGAGGAAUACCACAAAUUGAAGUCACUUUCGAAAUUGAUGCUAAUGGUAUUCUUCAAGUAUCCGCUGAAGAUAAAGGAACUGGAAAUCGCGAGAAGAUUGUUAUUACCAAUGAUCAAAAUCGACUUACACCCGCUGAUAUUGAAAGAAUGAUUAAGGAUGCUGAAAAAUUCGCGGAUGACGACAAGAAACUAAAGGAACGAGUAGAAGCACGUAAUGAACUUGAAUCGUACGCGUAUUCUCUAAAGAAUCAGUUAGCUGAUAAAGAGAAACUUGGAUCAAAGGUUAGCGAUUCGGAUAAAACUAUGAUGGAAGAAGCUAUCGAAGAAAAGAUUAAGUGGCUGGAGGAUAAUCCAGAUACAGAUCCAGAGGAAUAUAAGCAACAGAAGAAAGAACUUACCGAUAUUGUUCAGCCCAUUAUUGCCAAAUUGUAUCAAGGUGCCGGUAACGGAGUUCCACCGACUAGUGGGGACGAUGAUGAUCUGAAGGACGAACUUUAACUAUAAGAAAAUCAACACUUGUAUUCGUCCUAAUAUAGACUGAAUUAACAACAGUCUCGUGCAAAUGUUGCAGAGAUUAAUACGUCGUUGACACGUCGACUAUAAAAGACUGAUCGACGAACGUUCGUUUAUUCAUUAAGUUACGUCAGUACUAAACAAUACACGGUUGUGAAAGUGGCACUGUGUAUUGUUCCGUAGUGUAUUUGUCACAUAAGACACAACAGUCAUCUUGAUCUUCUGGUUAAAAGAAAAAAAGGAAUAUACCUGAUGGAAAGAAUUUUACUACUGGAAGUAGCUUUUCCAAUUUCCAGAGAAGAUUCUGUGCGUUGUUUUAAUUUAAUUAAUUGUUUUGUAUGUUCCAUUACAUGUAAUCAUCUAAGCCAGUUGUAUAAUUCGCAUUACAGAUUUUGCAGCAUGGGUGAGAAUUAGAGUGAUUGAGCAAGUGUGCAUGACUUGCGCCUAUUACUAUCUGUAGAAAAACUAUAUCGUACUAUGUACAAUAUAGGUGUUCUGUGUGAAUGAACGUCAUAUGUAUCAGUAUCACGGAAAUAAACAUUUUUUCAAUAAAUUAUAGAUAUCGUUGAACGUCUUA